CGCUUACGGGCUGCCCUCCUUGAUCUCUCCACACAUCCAUCUCCUCACCAACUUAACAAUCUUUUCGAGUAUCUACCAUGGAUGAAGAAUAUGAUGUCGUCGUCUUGGGCACUGGGUUGACGGAAUGUAUCCUUUCCGGUCUCUUGUCCGUCGAGGGCAAGAAAGUCCUUCACAUGGAUAGGAACGACUACUACGGAGGUGAUAGUGCAAGUCUGAACUUGACUCAGCUCUACCAGAAGUUCCGUGGUCAAGCUCCACCAGCCGAGCUGGGGCGCGACAGGGAUUACGCCGUCGAUCUUGUUCCCAAGUUCAUCAUUGCGUCUGGGGAGCUCACCAAGAUCCUCGUCCACACCGAUGUUACUCGCUACCUCGAGUUCAAACAGAUCGCCGGUAGCUUUGUGUAUCGCGAUGGCAAGAUCUCUAAGGUCCCGAGUACCGAGAUGGAGGCCGUGAAGAGCCCUCUGAUGGGCUUGUUCGAGAAACGCCGGGCGAAGAAGUUCUUUGAGUUCUUGCAAGGCUGGAAGGAUGAAGACCCUGCCACACACCAAGGUGUCGACUUGGACAAGGAUAGCAUGAAGUCCGUUUAUGAGACGUUCGGUCUUGAGCCUGGUACCCAAGAUUUCAUCGGUCAUGCCAUGGCUCUCUACCUCGACGACGACUAUAUCACGAAACCCGCACGCGAGGCUUAUAACCGCAUCGUCCUCUAUACCUCUUCCAUGGCACGCUAUGGAAAAUCUCCGUACAUCUACCCCCUCUAUGGUCUCGGCGAGCUUCCUCAAUCGUUCGCUCGUCUUUCGGCCAUCUACGGUGGAACGUACAUGCUUGACAAGCCGAUCGAUGAGAUCGUCACCGAUGCCGAUGGCAAGUUUGUCGGCGUUCGUAGCGGCAGCGAGACGGUCAAGGCCAAGCAGGUCAUCGGAGAUCCCAGCUACUUCGGUGCCGGUGCCUCUGGGGAGAACGGCAAGCCCCGUGUGCUCGAGGGAGGAAAGGUCAUUCGCGCGAUCUGCCUUCUCAAACACCCCAUCCCUGGCACCGAUGACUCGGACAGCGUGCAGAUCAUUAUCCCUCAGAACCAGGUCAACAGGAGGAACGAUAUUUACAUCGCCAUGGUCUCUUCGACGCACAAUGUUUGUGCGAAGGACGUCUAUGUCGCCAUUGUCAGCACCAUUGUCGAGACCGACAGGCCAGAGCAAGAGAUUGCUCCGGGUCUUGCACUUCUCGGUCCCAUCCACGACAAAUUCGUCUCCAUCUCCACCCUCUACGAACCCACUUCCGACGGCAAGGCCGACAACAUCUUCGUCACUCGCUCCUAUGACGCCACAAGCCACUUCGAGACUGUCGUCGAGGAUGUCCAGGACGUGUGGAAGAGGGUCGUCGGUGCCGACCUUGUCCUCAAGAAACGCGAGGUCGAGGUCGAGGCCUAAUUCGUUUCUGUGCAGGAUUUUUUUGGAGAUGCUUACGUCCUAGUUUUUGCCUACCUCUCAUCUUUUAAUCGGCUUUCCUCCUUCCCUCACUGUAUCAUUCUUUUCGGAACAAACGGCAACAAUAUCAACAGCAAGACGAUAAAACUCUGUAUAUCAUUUUGGCAAUGACCAUAUCUACAGUUUGCAUUCCUUUG